AUAUUUCAAGGUUUGAACCUAGAGUUCAUCCUACUCUGAAAGUUAUGUAACUGCAGAGGAGGCAGUACAUUUGUUAGGUUGAGCUUUAUUUGUGUUAUUUUAAUCAUCUUUGAUGCUGUUGGGGAGGGUGGAGAUCCCCUUUCUAGUCGUCUUCUGUUCGUGUGGCUGUACUAAUAUACAAGACCAGAUCAACAGGAGAAAAACCCGAUUAAUUACAUGCCCCGGAGAGAAUCAUGAAAAUGAUGCUCGGAGAGUGAACAAAGCAGGAAGUGUAUAUAUAUUUUACACAAAGAAACAAUAAACGUGUGAGAAAUUGACAAGACAAAGAAACUUAGGUUUAGGGUAGGUAAUUAGUGAGGAAUUUAAACAGAGUUUAGGUUUGAGAUAGUAUAUUAACGAGGUUUUUUCAUGCAGGCUCUCUGCCCUGAGUUCCCUAGCUCUGGUGAUAAGGAUGCAGGGAGAGCACCUUUCACGUUGAAGAUUUAUUUCCUGCUUUCAGAUGGAACAGAGACAGGAGGGUCAGAAUGCCCUUUUUGCUUCUCAAGUAACUUUAAUUCAAAAUAAUCAAUGUGCCAUUGUGCCAUAUUUUGGGGUAGCCUGCCCUGGGCCCCAACAAUCCAUUAACUUUAUUAUUCAGAGUCAUCACUAUGAACAUCCAGGUUUUGCUCGUGACCUCAACACUAUGCAUUUGUACAUUUGAAGUUUUCCCCUCCCCUCUGCUUACUGUGUGUGCUUAAAAACCUACUUACCUGGCCGUGCUUGCCGUUUCUGCUCUGCUCCUGGCUGGCUGGUUAAACAUCAUGGGGUGAGGACUGGAUAUGUCUGCUCAGCUGGACUUGACAGACUAGCAUGCACAGCAGGUAGAUUCCUCCGGGUAGGUCCCGCACCUUGCUAAGAAAGAAGUGGUCCUCUGUGUGGAAUGCCAGCAACUGCUUCACCUACCCUUUUGAACAGUUCUUAUAUCUUCACCCAUCUCAGCUCCUUCCACCGGCUGUUAUGUUGGAACCCAUGUUUUGCAGAGCAGAGAGAAAAAAACUGACUAGGUUUAUACUUUGUUAAUCAGUGAACACAGAACGUGUUUUUGGACUUUGGGACACAAACAACUAGAUUCUUUUUGUGCACUUUACCUGCUUAUCUUGGUCUCCUGCUCACUUCUAUCUUGCACACCCUUCAUUUACUUCUUGCCUGUGGCAAAAUUCAUAUGGACAUUCUGGUUCUGGCUGCUUUUCUCUAUAUCUAAUUUGAGUUGCUACAAAUACCAUGCUGGGUUGUAGCUUUCUUUACCUUGUUUAAAAAUUACUACAGUUAGCUUCUGUAUUGAUUUCUUAUCUAGGGAUCAUUCUUGAAACCACUAACCAUUUGCAGCCAGCUUACCAGGUCCUCUGCAGGUCAUUUGUUUCCCAGCGCUUAAGCUGCAUGUGAGUGGAGCAGCAAUGAGAGCCAGUCUGAAGGACUUGAAAAAUGCAGUGAAUCAGGUGAAACUCCUAAAGAAGGAUCCAGGAAAUGAAGUGAAGCUGAAACUCUAUGCACUGUAUAAGCAGGCCACUGAAGGACCUUGUAAUAUGCCCAAACCGGGUGUCUUUGACUUGAUCAAUAAAGCCAAAUGGGAAGCAUGGAAUGCUCUUGGUAGCCUGCCUGAGGAAACUGCCAGGCAGAACUAUGUGGAUUUGGUGUCCAGUUUGAGCUCUUCAUCUGAAUCCUCUAGCCAGGUGAAGCCUGGAGCAGACAAGGAACACGCGGGAUAUGGAACCCUGGUGGUGACCUCUGAAGAUGGCAUUACAAAGAUCAUGUUGAACCGGCCCACCCGAAAGAACGCAAUCAGCACUCAGAUGUAUCAAGAAAUCAUACUUGCACUUAAAGCUGCAAGCCAGGAUGACUCAGCCAUAACUGUUCUAACGGGAAAUGGUGACUUUUACUGUAGUGGGAAUGACUUGACCAACGUCACUGAUACUCCCCUUGGUGGAAUAGAGGAGAAAGCUAAAAAUAGUACCAAUUUACUAAGGGAUUUUGUAGCCUCUUUUAUAGAUUUUCCUAAGCCUCUGAUUGCAGUGGUAAAUGGUCCAGCUGUGGGAAUCGCUGUCACCCUUCUUGGGCUAUUCGAUAUCGUGUAUGCCUCCGACAGGGCAACAUUUCAUACCCCAUUUAGUCACCUAGGCUUAAGUCCAGAAGGAUGUUCCUCUUACACUUUUCCGAAGAUAAUGGGUCCAACCAAGGCAACAGAGAUGCUGACUUUUGGAAAGAAGUUGACAGCAAGAGAAGCAUGUGCUCAAGGACUUGUCACUGAAGUUUUUCCUGAUGCCACUUUUCAGAAAGAAGUUUGGACCAGGCUGACAGCAUAUGCAAAGCUCCCCUCAAAUGUCUUGAGAAUUUCAAAACAGGUCAUCAGAAGUAUGGAGAAAGAAAAGCUACAUUCUGUUAAUGUUGAAGAAAGCAGCAUUGUCCAAGAAAGAUUUCUGUCAGAGGAAUCCAUGAAUGCGGUCAUGAACUUCUUAUCCAAAAGAGCAAAACUGUGAUGACUAUGGCAGCAAAGUGAAGCAUUGCAAAGGAAAAGGUGUGCUCUUACUUCUGAUUUCCAACACCUGACCUAAAUAUACUUCACUGUGCCUUUUUUCAGUGAUAAAAUAUCGUUUAUGAUGAUUAUAUCUCA